AUGAAGGUUACACAAGUGACCCUUGGGGCUUUGGCCGUGCUGUCGUCGAUCGCUGCGGCAUCUAAGGACCACGGCCAUCACACCACCACUGUGACGACCACCACUGGAACUCACAAGUACGGUAAGUUCAAUAAGACCAAGGCUUCUCACGAGCCAAAGGUUUCCGGUACUCAUAAGUACGGUAAGUUCAACAAGACCAAGGCUUCUCACGAGCCAAAGGCUACUGGAACCCACAAAUACGGUAAGUUCAACAAGACCAAGGCUUCUCACGAGCCAAAGGCCACUGGAACACACAAGUACGGUAAGUUCAACAAGACCAAGGCUUCUCACGAGCCAAAGGCUACUGGAACCCACAAGUACGGUAAGUUCAACAAGACCAAGGCUUCUCACGAGCCAAAGGCCACUGGAACCCACAAGUACGGUAAGUUCAACAAGACUAUUAACCCUACCUCGACCGUGUAUGAGAGGGAUGUCGCAGCAAACGCUGCUCCUCGGGCAGUGCAGUUUGACGGCGCUCACCAGCUAUUGGGCAUGACUUUCGGUUCUGCCGCUGUUGUGGGUGCCCUCAUGUUGUUGUGA